AUGGAGCGUGAGAUGCUCGACAUAGUGUUUGCACUGACCCGUUUUCGCCAGUAUGUUCUGGGUCGUCAUGUACAGGUGUACACUGAUCACAAACCUCUCAUACCGAUUGUGCAGAAGGCAUUUGACGAUGUGCCGCCUCGAUUGCAGCGCUGGUUAGUCGCGCUCAUGCCGUACGAUUACUCCCUCGAGCAUGUUCCAGGGAAGGAGGUCUUCUGUACUGAUGCACUUUCCAGAGCCCCGGUAGCGUCUACUGAUGCUUCUCCAGCCGAAUCGCGUUCUCUCCAUGAGUAUGUUGGUCUAGUUUUGGAAGCCGCUCCAGUAGACAUUGCAGACAUUCGUUGUGCUGCACAAGAUGAUCCAGCAGUGAGCAAAGUGAUUCAACGCGUACUGUAUGAUUCGUGGCUUGACAUUUUGCCAUCGGAACACCCCUACCAUCUCGUCCGUGAUCAGCUGACAGUGGUAGAUGGCAUCUUAAUGUUCGGUGGCCGGUUUGUUAUUCCUGAAGGUUUACGAACAGCGAUCAUGAUCCUAGCACGCGAAGGACAUCCUGGACAAGAGGCCUUCCAAGAUACCCUGCGCCAGAGAGUCUGGUGGCCAGGAAUGACUAAAGAUGCAAGUACAUACGUGGAACGCUGCUCUGAAUGCUGGAGGAGACGCACCAAUAGUCCGCAAGAGCUCCAACCAACUGAGGUAGUUGGCGUCUGGAGAAAGCUGGCAGUGGACAUUGUAUCCAUUGAGGGGCACUCGAUUCUCUCCAUAGUCGAUUAUGGCUCCAGGUACCCUAUUCUGAAGAUAAUGCGCUCGACAACCUCAGCUUCCGUCAUCAAUGAACUUGAUGAGGUAUUCCCUGCAUUUGGUCUUUCCAAGACUUUAGUUUCGGACAACGGCCCUCAGUUUGUCUCUGGGGAGAUGUCUUCAUUUCUCAGCCGGCUUACUAUUACACAUGUACGAUCCAGCCCAAGGUAUGCCCGCUCGAAUGGCAUGGUGGAGCGUCCGCAUCGAGUGUUAAGGGAGAGACUGUCUGCUCUUAAGCCACAUCUCCCUUUCCAGAGGCGUCUUAACCAAAUGUUAUUUGACAUUCGAUGUUCGAGGCAUAGAAUGCUCGGUACAUCACCAAGUGAAGCUUUGUUCUCUCGACCACUGCAUACAAGAGUCCUGGCACAACUCCACCCCACCGUUGUGAAUGCCGAGCACCAGCUGAAAGCAAAAGCUGAAAUGUCUGCACAACACGACUCCCGACGUGGCGUGAGAAUGCUUUCUGAGCUUCGACCCGGCACAAAAGUCACUGUGCAGGACGGGUACUGCGACAAGUCUCAGUCAUGGUCCGUGGUGAACCAGUUCGGCCGUCAGGUAGGAGUGACCGAUGGCUCUCGCUACCUACUGAGGAAUAGGCAGCAUGUACGAGAGUUUGUUUCACCGCACCGCCCGGACGAUUCUCCACCCAUGUCGUCAGCAAACCUGUCUUUCAGCCGUCAUGAGGUGGAUCUUCAGCGAGCGCCAGCACAGGCGGCUCCUCGGAUCGGUCAGACUUCAGUGCCAGAACCAGAUAGAACCGGAACUGGACAGUCUGCUCGGAUUGGUCAGUCUACAGCGCCAGGUGCUGUUUCUGCAUGUCUACCGUCUGUGGAUCUGCCUCCGAGCUCGCCAUGCCACAACAUGCCACUCUCUCAACCUUCAUCUGCACGUGAAAGCCAGCCUGCCCCGAAGGAACACACUCCAGCUGCCUCCGGCAAGCACUCAUUCGGCAAUGGUGCAGUCACUCGCUCAGGACAUGUCAAAUUUACUGAGAAGGCACGGCUCUACGCAGACAGUUUAUCCUAA